CUCUCAGCUUCUUGCACGCUUGAGCAGAGAGCCAGAAAGGGGCUCUCCUCAAGCGCCACAAUGAAGAGGGGUACCAGAUCCAUCCAUCUCUUCCUGCUGGGUCUGAUGAUGGCUGCUUGUGGGCUGGCCCUUGACACCUGCCCAGAAGUGCAGCUUGUGGGGGUAGGUGGCAACGAGAAGCUUGCCAUCCUGCGAGGAUGUCCGGGCAGUCCUGGCCCAACCGGACCCCAGGGGGACCCAGGCGUCCAUGGAAUGAAAGGAGAUCCUGGAAUCGCAGGUACACCUGGAGCCAAAGGAGAAAGCGGAGAAACUGGCGCCCCGGGAACAAUAGGAGACAAAGAACUGAAGGACAUUCAGUGUAAGCAAGGUGUCAAAAACUGCAAAGAACUUUUGGCACGGGGAGUGACCCUCAGCGGCUGGUACACCAUCUACCCCCAGAACUGCGAGCCCCUGACGGUGUUGUGUGACAUGCACACGGAUGGCGGCGGAUGGAUCGUUUUCCAAAGACGGGCUGAUGGCUCUGUGGAUUUCUACCGAGACUGGAAUGCUUACAAGAAAGGAUUUGGGAGCCAGCUUGCAGAAUUCUGGCUGGGGAAUGACAACAUCCACCUCUUGACCUCGAUGGGAGAGAACGAACUGCGUGUGGAUCUCACCGAUUUCGACAACACCCACGUCUUUGCCAAGUAUACGUCCUUUCGAAUUUCAGGAGAAGCAGAUCAGUAUAGGCUGGGCCUUGGGAGCUUUGCGGGUGGCAGUGCAGGUGACUCCCUCUCGGGCCACAACAGCAUGCCUUUCUCGACCAAAGACAAGCAGCAGGAUCCCAACAAUAGCAAAUGCGCGGAGACGUACAAAGGGGCCUGGUGGUACAAUAACUGCCACACCUCCAACCUCAAUGGGAUAUACUGGCUGGGGGCACACAGCUCCUUCGCCGAUGGCGUGAACUGGCAAACGAGCAAAGGCUAUAACUACUCCUAUAAGCGUUCGGAAAUGAAAUUCAGACCCGUGGCUUAAUGGAGAAAAGGAGGUCUUCCCCUCCUAUGGGUGUGAUUCUGUGUGUGGGGGUCUUCUUCCUUGAGAAUAGGGUAACUGAGCCUCCCCCCAGGUCUUCACAGCAUAAAUUUCCGGUGACCCAGUGCCUCCCCCUUGCUUGUUAGGACCAGGCAAGAUCGGGGAACGAAGGUCCUCCGGUUGAGUUUGGCCUACAACUCCCAUCCAUGGUGGGGGAUUAUGGGUACUGCAGGCCCAACACCAGAGCGCCACAGGUGCCCAUCCCACACACAAGGGGGGGCGGGGAGGGUGACAAUGUUUUCUUCCUUGCAAACACUACAAACAGCCCACCACACUCAUGGGAGAAGUUAUACAUAAUUUUCUUUCCUGCAGAUCUUGUGAUUUUUAUCAUUAUCAUUUUCAACAGAAUAAAUUAAUCACUUUCAAGGAA